GUGGGUUUAAGUAGUAUUUUUGAAGUAUAUUCAGUUACUGCUUAAACGCAGGCUGUUGCACCAUGGUUCUGUAUUCUUUUCUUCUUCUCCUUGGUAUCUCUUUGGCUGGUGGGAUGGAGAGUGGUAUUAUUGGAGGAAAAGAGGCUAAACGUAGUUCCAGGCCAUACAUGGCAUCUAUUCAAAAUAAUACAUAUCACACAUGUGGAGGGAUGCUGAUCAGAGAGGAUUAUGUUCUGACAGCGGCCCACUGUCUGAAUCUCGAUGUUAACUCAGAUCUGGACAACAUUGAGGUUGUUCUGGGAGCUCACAGCAUCAACAAGGUGGAGAAGAACCAACAGAGAAUCCCAGUGAUGGAAUACAUCAAACAUCCUUUGUAUAAAAAGAACAACAAGCAGGACUUAAGCUAUGAUAUCAUGUUACUAAAGCUGAAGAACAAAGCCAAGCUGAAUAAAUUUGUGAAAGUUAUACAUCUUCCUAAGAAAAAUAGAAAAACACCAGCUAAUGUUAAAUGCUCCAUUGCUGGUUGGGGGUUAAAAUCCCCAAAAGGAAACGAGGCAUCAGAUGUGAUGCUGGAAGUCAAGCUUAAACUGGAGGAGAACUCAAAAUGUGAAGAAAUGUGGCAGCAUUACUUCAACCCUGAGAUAAUGAUCUGCGGUGUUUCAGAUGGAAAACAUGCUUUUUGUAAGGGGGAUUCAGGAAGUCCUCUUAUCUGCAAAACUAUACCACAAGGACUUGCUUCAUAUACCUUUGGUAACUGUACAAAUACAGCAUAUCCUCAAGUUUAUACAAAAAUCUCAUAUUUUCUCCCUUGGAUUAAAAAGAUCAUUGGCUAAAUUACAAUCAAUAAAUAAAUUAAAUGAAUAAAUAAAUUUGAUCAAUCAAUAAA